AAGUUCUACCAUAAGAUGAAAUCGGAAUCGGGAAGAAUCAGUUAUUUUUAAUUUCGUCAGCUGAAACAAUGAACGGCAGAUAAAUCUCGCGAUACUAUGGAAACUACUACUCCCGGCAUGCCACGCCGCUUCUGUACAUGAGCCUAUGCCUGUAGGUCUGGAGGACCCGGCAUGCCUCGAGGCGCGAAAGGCCACCUGGGCAUCGUAGUUCUCCUGGACGCCUAUAGGUACUGCCGUGCCAGCGCGGCGGCGGCGGCGGCUUUCCGUGUCAGCCUGCGGUUCUGUGGGCGAGCUGAGGCAGAGGAAGGGCGUGGAACUGGAAGCGGGUGAGUUGGCGCGGUCUACGCGGUAAAGGCAGGUGGCACCUCGGCACAGGGCUGAGUCAAGUAAAUGGACUCGUGUGGUUGUCUCUCCGGAGACACCGUUAUCGUUGCGCCCGCAACAGCAGGGUGAGGAGAACCCUCAGCGCCCGCCGCCAUCUCCACCAUGCAGUCCCGGGAAGAUGCCCCGCGCUCCCGCCGCCUCGCCAGUCCCCGUGGUGGCAAGCGGCCCAAGAGGAUUCACAAGCCGACGGUUUCGGCCUUCUUCACGGGCCCGGAGGAGCUGAAGGACGCGGCCCACUCUGCAGCCCUGCUGGCUCAGCUCAAGUCCUUCUAUGACUCUCGGCUGCUGUGUGAUGUGACCAUCGAGGUGGUGACGCCUGGCAGUGGGCCUGGCACGGGCCGCCUUUUCUCCUGCAACCGGAACGUGCUGGCUGCCGCCUGCCCCUACUUCAAGAGCAUGUUCACCGGCGGCAUGUACGAGAGCCAGCAGGCGAACGUGACCAUGCAUGACGUGGAUGCCGAGUCCUUUGAGGUGCUGGUCGAAUACUGCUACACCGGUCGCGUGUCCCUGAGUGAGGCCAACGUGGAACGCCUUUACGCGGCCUCCGACAUGUUGCAGCUCGAGUAUGUGCGGGAAGCCUGUGCUUCCUUCCUAGCCCGCCGCCUGGACCUGGCUAACUGCACCGCCAUCCUCAAGUUCGCUGAUGCCUUUGGCCAUCGCAAGCUGCGCUCACAGGCCCAGUCCUUCAUAGCCCACAACUUCAAGCAGCUCAGCCAGAUGGGUCCGAUUCGGGAGGAGACUCUGGCAGAUCUGACCCUGGCCCAGCUGCUGGCUGUCCUGCGCCAGGAUUGUCUAAACAUAGAGCAUGAGCAGACCGUGUGUCACGUUGCCAUGCAGUGGUUGGAGGCGGCUCCCAAGGAGCGGGGUCCCAGCGCUGCGGAAGUCUUCAAGUGUGUCCGCUGGACACAUUUCGCUGAUGAAGAUCAGGAUUACCUGGAAGGGCUGUUGACUAAGCCCCUUGUGAAGAAGUACUGUCUGGACCUUAUUGAAGGGGCUCUGCAGAUGCGAUAUGGUGACAUGAUGUACAAGUCUGUGGUGGCAAAGCCAGACGGCAGCAGCAGCAGCAGCUCUGCUGUAUACGCAGCAGAAAAUCCACCCCAGAGGCUGGGUGUGUGUGCCAAGAAGAUGGUGAUUUUCUUUGGUCACCCUAGAGAUCCCUUUCUGUGCUGUGACCCCUAUUCUGGGGAUAUUUACAAAGUGCCCUCACCUUUGACCUGCCUUGCUCACACUAGAACUGUAACCACCUUAGCCGUCUGUAUCUCUCCGGACCAUGACAUCUAUCUAGCUGCCCAGCCCAGGAAAGACCUCUGGGUGUAUAAACCAGCCCAGAAUAGUUGGCAGCAACUUGCAGAUCGCUUGCUCUGUCGUGAGGGCAUGGAUGUGGCCUACCUCAAUGGCUACAUUUACAUCUUGGGUGGGCGAGACCCUAUUACUGGACUUAAAUUGAAGGAAGUGGAAUGCUACAGUGUUCAGAGGAAUCAGUGGGCACUGGUGGCUCCACUACCCCAUUCUUUUAUCUCCUUUGACCUAAUGGUAAUUCAGAACUACCUUUAUGCUCUCAACAGUAAGCGCAUGUUCUGCUAUGAUCCUAACCACAAUAUGUGGCUGAAGUGUGUUUCUCUUAAGCGCCAUGACUUUCAAGAAGCCUGUGUCUUCAAUGAUGAGAUCUAUUGUAUCUGUGACAUCCCAGUCAUGAAGGUCUACAAUCCAGUGAGAGGAGAAUGGAGGCAGAUUAAUAAUAUUCCUUUGGUGUCAGAGACCAGCAACUACCGGAUCAUCAAUCAUGACCAAAAACUGUUGCUGAUUACCUCACGCACCCCACAAUGGAAAAAGAACCGAGUGACGGUGUAUGAAUAUGACAUUAGUGGAGACCAGUGGAUUAAUAUUGGUACCACAUUAGGCCUCUUCCAAUUUGAUUCCAACUUUUUCUGCCUCUCAGCUCGUGUUUAUCCUUCCUGUCUUGAGCCUGGUCAGAGUUUCCUCACUGAGGAAGAGGAAAUACCAAGUGAAUCUAGUACUGAAUGGGAUUUAGGUGGAUUCAGUGAGCUAGAUUCUGAGUCAGGAAGUUCAAGUUCUUUAUCUGAUGAUGAUUUGUGGGUACAGGUAGCACCUCAGUGAAAUGCACAGGAUCAGCAGGGUUUGUUAUAGAUAGGUUGAAACACUAAGGUAUUUUUAUUGCUUUGGAAAGUAUCUAAAAGAUAGACCCUUUCCCUUUACUGGAAAAAAAGUUGAUUAAUUUCAGGUUUUCUUUAGAAAGGGUAUUAUUUGAAAUACUAAUGUAAUUUAAGGUUAGAGAAUUUAAGCACUCCAAAAAUAAACCUAUUUAAUAAUUUACUGUUCUAAAAAUCCAAUAUUGUUUGGUUAUUUAAUAUGUCUAUAUUUGACUAUGAUAAUUUUGCCUUCCACUCUGUUUAGUGCCACAAGUACAGUAACUGGAAUUUUAAUUUUUAAAAUAGCUGGAUAGGGAUCACUAGAUAGGGUUUUGAAAGCAUAUAUUUUUCUUCAGAACAGUGUAGUAGAAUUCCAAAACUUUAAACUAGUAUGUUUAUACAACAUGUGUUCUAACUUAAAUAUAAUCUGCUAAAUUUUAGUUAUUUCCUCCCCUUUCAUGAAGGAAAAAGAUGCAUAUAUGUUUAAUGUGACUGAAUGAUUAUUUAUAAUGUGAAGGAAUGUAAUACUGUACAGAAUGGCCAUAAGCUCACUGGUAUAAAAACAACAAAAAACCCCCACAGGAUUCUACUGUUGGAAAAGAAAUUUCAGUUUUAAAUUUGUAAUAUAAAAUGUGUAUUUGCAAAUAGUGACCAAGUUUCCAUCUAAAAAGAAUUCCAUUCUAGCAGUGUCACUAAUCAUCUACAAAACUUAAAAAACAAACAAAAACAAAACCCCAGUAACUUGCUUUGUAGGUUCAUGUGUUUUAUCUAUACUUGGUACAUGCUUCAUUGAUUCAGAGGAACAAUCCUUUUGUCCAUUGGAUGUGAUUGUGUAAACUUUUAUUCAUUGUCUUAAAAAGUUAUUGUGAUUCUUAAAAUAUUUUGACUGUAUAGUUUUGGUGUUCAGCUUACAAGAUUUGUCAGCAAGAUUUGAUUAUUCUUUACUGUUUUGUGAGGUAAUAUUGGUUUUGAAAAUAUGUAUAAGCUAAGGACAGUAUUUUAUUGAUUAGUAGUUAUUGUGUCUAUCAACUAUAAAAUCAAGUGCCGGCAAAGAACUUUAAAACUUUAAGUUUUAAGUAUAGAAUUGUUUUGUGUAGCACUGAAAUAUUGUCAGUUUUGUAAGUCACUAAAUGUUAUUAGUAGCUUAAAGGUAUUUUUGUAUUAAAAGUUUACAGUUAAAUAACAUACGUGGAUGAUGGCUUUUGGGGCCAGUAGUGAAAGUAUAUUCAUCUAAAAUAUUUCCCUAAGCAGUGGAAUAUAUGGUUCUUUUAUUAGGGUAUUUGUAUCUGUUCUGAGUUUCUCUGUGAAUUAAUGCUUUAGUCUUUGUUUCUGUCACUAUGUAAGGAAAAGUCCAGAAGUAGACUAAAUCACAUAAAACUGACAUUGUUAAAUACCAGAAAAUAUAAAUGCUUACCUCUUAAGAUUUACUAGAUAUUGUUGUCAUUAUUCAUAAUAAAUGACCAGAUGCUUAUAGUGUAUAAAAUUACCUAUACCCAAUUAGCAUUAGCUUCCUAAAUCUUUAUUUAAUAACAUGCUAAUUCCUAUUUGCUAGUGACAGAAUGCUAACAUUUCAUACACCGUGGCAGAAUACUAAGGCAUGUGCUCUCUCAGGUGGGAAACAGAAUUUUUGAAUGAUAUACUAUCAUAUGAAAAUAAAGAGAGGGAGACAGGCAAGUUUUUAAAAAAAAGUAUUCGGAGGCAUUUUUAUGGGCCAUUUGAAGAUUUUGCAGAACAUUCCUGUUUAUUUUUGAUGAAAUAAGAUACUUGUCUUAGCAGUAUGUGUUCCUUCAAAAGGUCAGUUAUGCUUUCAGUUGCCUAAGGCUAAAUUUUGUUCCAUUUGAUAUCAGGGUUGUUCUAAGCACUGUACUUAACACAAAGCCCUUUCUCAGUAGUUUUUUUUUUUUCCAACUUUUUCUUCACCAGUGACUUCUUUUGAUAGCUUUCUGUUUUUUCAUGUUGAAAAAGGACAAUGGAUAAUUCAUCCAAAUUAUUCAUCUAUAGUUUAUAUAAGACAAAUUCUCCAGGUUGCCAUUUUCAACCUUUCAGUUAAAGCCUAAGCUAAAUGGUAGUAAUAUCUUUGUUUACAAAGAGGUUUUCUUAGGAAGAAUUUUGGUUUCGUGAUAUAUUUGUGAAUUAGGGAAUAGAUGUUAAUCAUUAUUUUAUAGAUAAGUGAUUUGUAUGUGAUUAGUAACAAAUAAAACUGGUAUUAAAUCCCA